AUGCAUACAGGUUCAGAGAGUCAGAAAGAUCUAUCCAUGGUGAUCAAACCAGUAGCCCCGGUCUUGCUUUUUGUCCUACUCCAAUACUCAUCAGCAAAGGUUACAUAUAACGUCCUAAGUUUUGGAGCAAACGCAAACGGCUUCAUAGACUCAACAACUGCAUUCCUUAAUGUAUGGAAUUUGUCCUGUGCCUCUACUAAUCCCGCCAUCAUCUAUGUGCCCAAAGGCAGAUACCUAAUUUCGUCUGAGCUCACAUUCUCCGGCAUAACAUGUAAGAGCAAAGCCAUCAGAUUCAACAUAGAUGGUACUUUGGUGGCCCCCUCCAACACGUAUAAUGCUAUCGGCAACACCGAAGUUUGGAUUAAGUUGUACAGAGCUAACAACGUUACCAUCUCCGGUGGAAUCCUGGACGCCAACGGCGCUCCUCUAUGGAACUGCAAAUCCUCUGGAAAGAAAACAUGCCCCAGAGGAGCUACGACAUUUGGCAUCUACCAUUCCCAAAACAUAGUGAUCAGUAAUAUGAAGUCAUUAAACAGCCAAAUGCUCCACAUUAUUCUCUAUGCAUGCAACAACACCAAGCUAGAAGGCGUGAAUAUUUCAGCACCAGAGCGCAGCCCUAACACAGAUGGAAUCCAUUUAAUGAAUUCCAAAGAUGUUACGAUCUUGAAUUCUAAGAUAUCAACAGGGGACGACUGCAUUUCGAUAGGCCCUGGUAAUUCAAAUCUCUGGAUAGAGAAGGUGGUGUGUGGCCCUGGUCAUGGCAUAAGCAUUGGGAGUCUAGGUUGGGAAGAGAAUGAAGCGGGAGUCCAGAAUGUAACAGUAAAAAACGCAACACUUAUAGGUAGUCAGAAUGGUUUAAGGAUAAAGACAUGGGCGAGGCUUAGCAAUGGAUUCGUGAAGGAUGUUGUUUUCCAACAUGCAAGUAUGGAGAACGUGAGAAAUCCGAUCAUAAUUGAUGCAAAUUACUGCCCUCACAAACAGAAAUGCCCCAAUCAGGUUACAGGAGUGAAGAUCAGCAACGUGGUGUAUGAGGAUGUACAUGGAACAUCAGCAACCCGAGUGGCAGUGAAAUUUGAUUGUAAAAAGGGGAAGCCAUGCACUGGGAUCAGAUUAAAGGAUGUUAACCUACAAUAUGAGGGCCAACCUGCGGAGUCAUUUUGCUCCUAUGUUGAUGGUACUGCUUCUGGAUUACUCCAACCUACAAGCUGUCUCUAG